AUGAACGCCCUUCCUCCAAUCAGGCGUAUCAGCUCUCAAGCGGUGCGGCAGACCACUCGCCUGGGUCUGCGGUCGAUAUCCAGCCAGAGACCACCGCCGACACCUCCAACACCGCAUUCCUGGACACCUACACCAUUCAUCACCGAAACCAUCGGAGGCCAAUGGCACACGUACGACAUCUUCUCGCGCCUGCUGAAAGAGCGGAUCAUCUGUCUCAACGGCAACGUGGACGACAGCGUCAGCGCCUCCAUCGUGGCGCAGCUCCUCUUCCUCGAGGCCGACAACCCGGAAAAGCCGAUCAACCUGUACAUCAACUCGCCCGGCGGCAGCGUGACGGCGGGGCUGGCCAUCUACGAUUGCAUGACCUACAUCCAGUCGGAAGGUGAAACCCUUUUUCUUUCUCUUCCCAACCACAGCUUCGAACCCCCGCCCCUCCCAGCAAGACUCCAACGCGAAGCCAGCAACUGA